UUUAAUCUAGAUCACUGGUACAGCAGGUUUCUGUCUCUCUUCAGUUCAGGAUUUCUCUUCAAACCAACCAGGGCAUUGAAAAUCAUGAUAUUCCUGUCUCUUCCCUGUCUUCUGGUCCUUCUCAUUUCAGAGAAUGUAGAAGGGUUAAGCCCGGAAACUAUUCUUGUCUCUGGGUAUAACUCUGAGAUAGCCAGAUACAUACUUGAGGAUGGAGAAAUUAUCCGUAACGGAUCCUGGUUGGUAGAUGAGAAUAUGACCUGGAUGCAGGAGGCCAAUGGAUCCAUCUAUGCUAUCCAUGAAGUGUCAAGCUAUCUAGGCCAGGAGGGUGGGGCUAUCAGUCGCUGGGAGAUGGAGGAUAAUCAGCUUAUGAAGAAGGAGUUACUAAAUCUAAAAAGUGGUGGACCUGCUCAUGUUCUUGUUGAUACUGAACAUGACAUAGCUAUCACUGCCAACUAUGCUGGAGGUUCAGUUACUGUUGUUUCACUAGAAAAUGGCCAUCUUGGAAGAAUAUCACAGGUUCUAAAGUUUGGUGAAGGGUGCAGGGGUAUGUCACAUCCCCAUCACAUCGUUCAAGUUGAUGAUCUGGUCUGGGUUACAGAUCUUGGCUGUGACACCAUCUAUCAAUUUCUUAUUGAUGGUGACCAAUUGAAACGCAUAGGUGAAACACUUCUACCCUCUGGAUCAGGGCCACGACACAUGGUGCUUCAUCCUUUGGAACCCACAGCAUUCGUACUCUGUGAACAGAAAGACCUUGUGCUUGUGUACUCUGUGAACUAUACAUCAGGUGACCUAACCAAAGUACAAGAGCUCGAGCUUGCUGGUCUAGAUAUCAACUAUGGUGCUGAGAUAUUAGUAUCUGAAGAUGGGGACACCAUGUACGCUAGCAGUAGAGGGAAGGGUGUAGUGGUUGUAUACAAGUAUACAGGGAAGGAGUAUACUAGGGAUCAAGUAUUUGAACUAGAAGGGACCUGGCCUCGGAGUAUAGCUGUACGGAACAAUAUCCUUGUGGCUGUGGAUCAGAAGGGUGACAGUCUCCAGGUUCUAUCCUUGAACAAGACAGGAUUAUUAUCCUCUGGACCCAUCCUAGACACUCCUCCAGCUCCUGCCUUUGUCAUGUUUCUCAACUAAUAUGAAGAGGACUAUUUUUAAAGUUCCAACUCAUCUUGUAUUAUAAUCCUACUGAUCCUAGUACACUUCAAAAUAUCAUGAUAUGACGCAAACUGGUUUUUGACAAUGUUUUUUUAUCAUUUUAACAAUAAAUACACUUUUACUCCUA